AUGUUGAAUUCUUAUACCAUUUCUUUUUUUCUCCUGAAUCCUCUUCAUCAGUUUUUCCUUUCCUUCUUCUCUUCCCUCUUUUUCCUUUCCUUCUUCUCUUCCCUCUUUUUCCUUUCCUUCUUCUCUUCCCUCUUUUUCCUUUCCUUCUUCUCUUCCCUCUUUUUCCUUUCCUUCUUCUCUUCCCUCUUUUUCCUUUCCUUCUUCUCUUCCCUCUUUCCUUUCCUUCUUCUCUUCCCUCUUUUCCUUUCUUCUUCUCUUCCCCCUUUUCUUUCUUCUUCUCUUCCUCUUUUUCCUUUCCUUCUUCUCUUCCCUCUUUUUCCUUUCCUUCUUCUCUUCCCUCUUUUUCCUUUCCUUCUUCUCUUCCCUCUUUUUCCUUUCCUUCUUCUCUUCCCUCUUUUUCCUUUCCUUCUUCUCUUCCCUCUUUUUCCUUCCUUUAUUUCUUUUUCUCUCCGAUCUUCCUUGUAUUCAUUAUUUCUUUCCUGCCUUUCUUCAUUUCCUCCUUUUUUUUUUUUUAUUUAUUUUUCUUUCUUUUCAUCUUUCUUUAAUUUUGUUUCAUUUUCUGUCUCCUUUUGUUUUGUUUUUUUUUGUUUUUUUACUUAG